AUGGAUCUAUCAAGAGUAAAUAAAAUUGCCAAGUGUGAGACGUACUUACCAACCAAAAAGAUGGAUACAUUAAAACCGUUUAAAACGUAUAAAAAUACUGAUUUAAAAGAACUUGAAACUGUGUAUGGAACAAAAGUUGUGCCAACAGUUAGAAAUAGCUACAUGAUAUUUUCACCUCCAAGAACGGCAUUAAACUAUUUUUCUGAUUUAAUUAAAAUGAUGGAGGUGGCUUAUACUCUUCUACCAUCUUCGAAUCAUGAAUCUAGUGAAAUCAUUGAUAAGUGGGUGCGAAUUAGUAGUGACAAUAUUACUACAUUAAACAGACAUUUGCAAUCGAGUGGUUUAUCGGUUGGUGAAAAACAACGAAUUCAAUCGAUAAUUGCAGCACCCGCAACAUUACAUGAAAAGUUUAUAAAUCAUUCAAUCGUUGGAGGAAGCCUUCAAUCAACAGAACAAUUCAUUCGGUGGAAAGAUUUAGAAAAUGUUUUCAGAAAUCGAAUUCGCACUAGUGUUGUCAUGAACAUGCAACAUUUAAAUUCACGAGACUUCUUAUCGGUCGCUGAAAAGCUGAUUACCGAAAAGUUGACAGAUAUAGUAACAAGUGAGGGAAAUUUAAAAGUGAACUUUGUCCUUGCUUGUAAAUUCAGUAAUCAAACAAAUGAUGGAACAGUUGUAGAAAUUAAGUACUUUAAUGUUCAAAAUGAAGCAAUUUUGCCGUCAACAGACAUAAAAAAACAUUUUCUGAAAAAUGUUGUUGACAAACUGCUAACAAAAGUCGAGGAUUUCCAAGAACGAGAUUCUGAGCCUGUGCCAUUUGCUAUCUAUGCCGAUCUUAAGAGUAUUCUUGAACCUGAUAAUGAAGGCAAUCUACCUCUUAAAAGACAUCCUCAGGAAGCUCAUGUUGGUCCGCAUUAG